AAUGCAUUGGGAGCGACGCUUUUGGCUGAAACUGAAACUGAACCAUUACUAGAAACAGCACCGAUAGCACCACCAUCUCAACCACCAUCAUCACCGUCACCAACAGCACCCAGAACCCAAGUCCAAAACCAGAUCAGAUCCACGACCAUCAGCAGCAGCAGGAAAAAGAAGAACAAGGCCAAGACUCAGAGUAAGCAGCAGACAGCAACAGAAGCAGAAAGCAAUUGCAACGGGACGGCGGCCACAGCAACCAUGACAAGGACAACAAAGAAGAGCAGCAGGACCAAGCAAAAGGCAUCAGCAUCAACAGAAGCAUGUGCAGCACAUGGAGGAGCCGGAGGCGGAGGAGGAGUUAAGGGCAGCUUGGUGCUGACACCUCAGCAGAUCAACGGACUGCCCGUUUACAACCAACUGGAGAACGGCGGACGAUCGGCGGCGGGCACGUACAGCGGACAGUUUGCCUACUUCUAUCCGCACGACGGCUCGGCGCCCAGUAUGUUCCUGCUGGGCGAGGAUUCCUACCUCAAUGUUACCGAACAGCAGGAGCAGCAUCACAAUCAUCAGUUUGUCUAGGUGGUGGAGAAUAAGAUGUGGGAAACGCUUCAUGCUUGCUGGCCGUGCCCCUUGGCACUUAACGAUUACUGUUGAUUCAUAAUUCAUACAUUCGGUUGGCUACUUUCUUCGUUAACUGUAUGAUCAGAGGUCUAUUUAACUGUUCCUUUUCUAUAUAUCUCUAAUUUAAUGUGUCCGGCGACUGAAAAGCCUUUCCACGACACUUGGCACACACGCGCUCCUACUUUAAUAAUGUAACUAUCCCGAGAGUUUGAACCGCAGACUGAACUUCAGCCGCUGUUAGAUGUUGAACAGGGACACCACCUAAAUCACUGACCCACAAAAAGGACGAAAACGAUUGCGUAUCAUCAUUAAUUUGGCUAUAUGAAUCCUUUUACAUCGUACUCGCAAUAUUUACGUUAAUUGUGUAAUCUUCUUUGCUUACGAAAACUAAAUUUUAAUUUGUAAAACCUAUAGAAAGUGAAAAAAAAAAAUACAAAAAAAAAAAUAAUGUAAAGCCAAAAUUUAAUCUGUUCGGUCGAAAGUCGUUUUCAUCUUUUCCAACAUUCAUUAUUUGUAAUAAACCACCUACCCAAAAGCCCAAACU